AUGGGGAGAUGGACGGUCAUACUGGCGGCCUCAGCUCUGCUGUCGUCGUCUGAAGCGUUCCUGUUGCCGUUGCCCUGGGGCUCAAGAGGAGCGCCGGCGUCGUCGGCAGCAACAGCGGCGGCGGGCGGAGCCAGCAGGCCGGUGGCCCGCCAGCCGGCCGCUCGGGGCCUCGUGCCCACCCUCGUGCCGAGCCCGGCUGCUGCCUCACGCGCGUUGAAGACUAGGAUUUGCGCGGGGCCCCUGGAAGAUUUCUCUACGGAGAAGGAUUACGACCGGUUCCUGGGGGAGCUGAUAUUCUCGCAGUCGGACGUGAGGGACGACGUCCUAAAGAGCCUGGACAAGGCGGGAGACGCGGGGUGA